CAUAUAUUUAAAAAAAAAAAUUGUAAGUAAAAUUGAUUCAUCUCCAAUCUCGUAUCUGCGUCAAAUUGUGAUAAAAAAAGAGACGAAAUUUGUUAGUUGGUUUGAGAUAGAUAAGCAUAGAAGAUUAAGUUUUAAAUUGUUGAUGGACUUCACGCCGGCCGUGGUAGCUCAUACACUUAAAGACGCCUCCAAUUGGUGGCAGGAUGUUAAUCAGUCACCGUUAUGGCAGGAUCGUAUCUUCCAUGUCCUCGCCGCCAUCUACAGCUUAGUCGCCGCCGCAGCUCUGGUUCAAUUCAUUCGAAUACAGUUAAGAGUCCCUGAGUACGGCUGGACCACGCAGAAGGUCUUCCAUUUUCUUAAUUUUCUGGUGAAUGGAGUCCGAUGUUUAGUAUUUAUUUUUCGUCGGGAUGUGCAGAAGUUACAGCCCCAUAUUCUUCAACAUAUUCUGCUUGAUAUGCCAAGUCUUGGUUUCCUCACGACGUACACCCUUUUGGUUCUGUUUUGGGCUGAGAUUUACUAUCAGGCACGUGCAGUAUCUACUGAUGGACUGAGGCUGAGUUUCUGUACUAUUAAUGCAGUAGUUUAUGCUGUUCAGAUAGCUUUGUGGUUGAUCUUAUGCUGGAAGCCUAUCCAUGUUGUGAUAAUCCUAUCUAAGAUGUUCUUUGCUGGAGUCUCCUUGUUUGCAGCUCUUGGGUUCUUACUCUAUGGUGGAAGGCUGUUCUUAAUGUUGCAGCGAUUCCCAUUAGAAUCAAAAGGUCGUCGCAAGAAGCUGCAAGAGGUUGGCUAUGCGACCACCAUAUGUUUCACAUGUUUCCUUAUUAGAUUUGUAAUGAUGUGCUUCAAUGCAUUUAACGAAGCUUCAAACCUUGAUGUUUUGGAUCAUCCUGUCCUAAACUUCAUAUACUACCUGUUAGUGGAGAUUUUACCUUCUUCGUUGGUGCUUUUCAUCCUGAGGAAGUUGCCUCCAAAACGUGGUACUACACAAUAUCAUCCUAUACGCUGAAGAGAUUGGAAAUUGAGAUUUACCUGAAAGAGAAAGGGAUUGAUGCUUGUUUCAGUUUUGGAUCUGAUGAGAGCAAAGGCGUGUUAUGGGGAGAGGUAAAAUACACUCAUCUUGUAUUUGAUGUUAAAUGGUCUGUGGGGGCUUGAUUGUAACUGUUAAAAAUGAUAGACAUACCAAAGAUUCUAUCAUAUAAAAAUGGUUAAAUUUAUUUC